GGGAGUGACUGAGGAGGGGUUAACUGGCGUUUGAGCGACGAGCCGAGGGAAUUGAAUCGCUCUAGAAACCCAGCUGAACUGAAAGGUCGGCGCUCUCCUGCCAGCGUUGAGCUAAGGGAAAACGAAAGGCAAGGAAGCCGCCGCCUCUUCGGUAUUCCCCCGCUACUUCUCAACUCGCCUUUCGCUGUCCUGUUGCUGCUCGGAGGAGAACCGUCUCUCCCAGCCCGGGCCGCGUCGCUCAGGCGGGACCAGACCAUUGGCUGUGCGCGAGCUUGCAGCUAUUUAUUGCAGCACUUCCAGGUAGGAGAUGGCAGAAAUUGGCUCACAAGCAAACAUCAAGGAAAAGAUCAGUGCAGUGCGUUCAAUUGUCCCCAACAAAAGCCACAACGAGAUAGUGCUGGUGUUACAACAGUUUGAUAACAAUGUAAACAGGGCCGUGCAAGCUUUCAUGGAUGGCAGCGCACUUCAAGUUCUAAAAGAAUGGAAUAUGACUGGGAAAAAGAAGAACAGCAAAAGGAAAAGAAGCAAAUCGAAACAACAUCACCGUAACAAAGAUACAAAAGAUAGAGAGGAUGGGGCAGAAAAGGUGUCUUUGGAAUCCCAAGAGCUAAAUGGCUGCCAGCUGAAUGGCUGUGCUAAAGAUACUUUCCCUGGCAAAUAUGCCAGGGAAAAAUCAAAAAAUCCUCAUGAAGAAAAGAGCUGGGAAUACAAGGACAGGGGAGAGACAAAACCAGAAGUAGCAGACAAAAAAGAAGAACCCACAAAAGUAUCUAUAGAGGCAAAACGAAAUAGCACAGAGCUUCCUGAUACUUUCCAGUGUUCACCACAGCUUCAGUGUAAUGUUGGUAGAACAAAAACAAAAAUACCAGCUACCACCAUCAAGUCACCUGUCCCUGAAUCUCAUCUUGCAAUGAAAGCAGAAGAUUCAACCCAAAAAAGAGGUCCAAAUAUUGAGAAAUCUGUUAAAGAUCUUCAACGCUGCACUGUUUCACUGACUCGAUACCGCAUGAUGGUCAAAGAGGAGGUGGAUAAUUCAAUAAAGAAAAUUAAAGCUGCCUUUUCUGAAUUACAUAGCUGUAUCAUCGACAAGGAAGUGGCUUUAAUGGCAGAAGUUGACAAGGUUAAACAAGAAGCCAUGGAUAUUUUGACUGCACGUCAGAAAAAAGCUGAAGAAUUGAAGAGACUAACUGAUUUGGCAAGUCAGAUGGCAGAGACUCAGCUGGCCGAACUGCGGGCUGAAAUUAAGCACUUUGUAAGUGAACGUAAAUAUGACGAAGAAUUGGGUAGAUCUGCCCGCUUUUCCUGUGACAUUGAACAGUUGAAGAUGCAGAUAUUACAGUGCGGAGAAAUUUUCCAUCCAAAAAACAAUUACUCCUCAAGAACACCAUCCAGUACAUUUCUUCAAUCAGCAACUUCAAAAUCAGCGACCAGCAUACAAAAUACAUAUAACCAAAAAUAUUCUAGUCAGACUCCUGCCAAGACUUCUGAUUAUAAAACAGCAGUAACUAAAGGUUCAAGCCAAGUUGUCCCAGUUUCGGAAUCUUCUCAUGUAAUUUCAACAAAUAAACAGAAUGUGCCUUCAGGUCCAAGACGAAGAUUUCAUGAGCACUACCAUGGCAUUCGAAUCAAUGGCUCUCUCAAGCCCCAAAGUCCGGGUGACGAGUCUGAUCACAGCAACCCAAAGAGUCACUCCCGACAUGAAUACCGACGGCAGCACCAUCAUAGCUUUAGGCCCAAAAAUAGAGGCACGGUGAAAACUCAAGAGCGACCGACACCCGUAAAAAGCCUAGAAAAGGUAGCAUAUCCAGAAAAAACACAACAAAAGCAUCCUAUUCCCGGCCCUGCAGAGCCCAGCCCUUUGUGCAGCAAUAUAGCAAGAGCUUCUCAGUGUAAUUUAUGUCCUCCGAGAAGAGAGACUUCUGGGGACACCCCUGUCCUUUCAGUCACAGUGCCAGCUGUGACUUUGGUGGCAUGAAAACAGUGAUUUUCACCUUAGGUUUUUCACUAAAGGUGCUUCUGCCCUCCCUUGUUGUAUACUCCCCAAGUACUGACAAAAUAGCUUGAGAAAAAUAUUCCAGUUGUGGUAAACCAAACUAGCUAAAAUCAUCUUAACUAUAUCCCAUUUUCUACAUGGAAAGCUUUGCUCAAUACUCUGUACUUAAGAUUAUUUUUUCAUAAUAAUGCAACUUUAGCCAGCAGUACUUAAAGAUCUACUAGACUGAAAAAUAAACUGCAAGAGGAUGUCAUUAGA